CUCAUUUCAGAGGAAAACGAGCUUGAGACAACAGAACACAACCAUGAACUACAGCCACUGAAUGAAAGGGAAGAACGGAAGAACCAGCACAACAAGGCAACAGAAGAGCAGCAGGUUUUGACAAAUCAAUUAACAUCAGCCAACAGUAGAAUUCAAUGUUUAGGGAAUGAGCUGACAAAGGAGAGAAAGGCCAUAGAGGAGCUCAAAAAGCAUCAAAUCCAGGGUCUAGAGGACAGUUUAUCAAAGGCUGGACAUCAGAAGAAUGCUCUUGAACAAGAACCGAAGGGAAAGCUCAGUUCUGCUGAAGGUUUACUUGAGAAAAUCGGGCAACCCAAUUUAGAGCUCAAACUAAAGGAAGAGAUGGCUCCAAACCUUACCUCCUCACUGAAAGAGAGGGAAUCCAGCUUCAAGAAUUUGACAAAUGCCUAUAAGCAAGUGGAGAAGGACUUUUCAAGAGCACACACAGAAGUCAGUGGGCUGAAAUAUGAACUCUUGGAGACUAAGCAGCAGCUGGAGCUGAAGUAUGGUUUAUUGGAUAUGUUGGAGUUGGAAGUAAGUUCUGAGACUUUGGAGAGUGAUGAAUCUAAGAAGAAGCUGGUUGGUAUCCAGGAGGAGUACCAUGAUCUCAAGUCAUUCACUGCAAAUAAAGCUGCUUUGGAUGCUAAGCUGCUGGGAGAGAGAGAAGAAGAGAUUAAGCGUUUAACUUUGAGCCUUGCUCUUUCCAUCAAUGAGGCGAAUGGAGAAGAGAAAAAGAUUGCAGAUUUGAACCACGAAAGGGAAGAACUGAAGAGGUUGCUGGAAGCUGAAUCGAGCAGGACAAAGAAUUUGAAGCACCAGCUCUUCACAACCCAGGAAGCUAUUGCUAAGUCGAGAAAUGAAGCUUCGGGUCUGGAAACCCUAUUAAGGCACUCUAGAGCUAGCUGCACAAAGCUCGAAGAUGGUGAGUAUGCCGCAGCUGCAGAAUCGUUUCAGAAGAGUAUCGAGACAUUGAAGGAAAGCUGUGAGAUAUUGGCUCAUGAGCUGACAUCAGCAAGGGGACAACUGAUGAAGAAAAGGACGGAAGAGUUCAAAUCGGUGACAACCAAGCUAGCAGCAGCGAGAGAAGAUCAUGAUAACUUGCAUAACGUGUUGGCAGAUGUGUAUAAGAAAGCAGAGGCAAAUGCGAAGGGACUGAUAGAGAAAGAGAUUUCGAGGGUUGUUGCGGAGAAAGAGAUGCUGAACAAGUCGGUUGCUGAGCAGAAGAAAGCAGUUGUGGAGGUAAGAGAACAUAGAAGAUGCUAUUGA